AUGCAUUCUCCGUACCCCGUCAGGGCCACAGCUCCGAUGGUUGAAGUUGAGAAGGUGGUUGCGCCAGAUGCGGAACUCAAAUCAGGGCGCAAACUUGAGAUUGCGUCGAAUCUGCGGGCAACCCUCUCAGACAAGAGUUGGCUGAUUGUGCCAAGGGGAUCUUCCAUCAAAAUUGAAAACGAGGCUGGCGUGGGUGCCAACGGCAUCGAGCUGAACUUCCACGUCUCCUGUGACUUUCUGCAGCUGGAAGUAGUUCAACAGCUUCUCAAGGGCAUGCAGCCUACAGGCUUGUCCAACGACGACGCCGAGACAGUUUUGAGGUUGCUUAACCUGUUAGGCACUUUAGUGUGGAUGGACCAGCCCGAGCUUCGAAACCUUGUGCUUCUCAAUCCACGUCGAGUUGCAGUUGCAAUGGCAUCAUUGAUGACCAUUUGCUUUGGCCAGGAGAACUUUGAACACAGAGACAUGAUGAUGAUUGAGCGCAAAAUCACUGAACAUCGUAGUGACCUUCUUCGAUUCCAGUCAACAGGGAUCGCAACGCGCAAGUUGAUCAGAGGACUUUGGAAAGAGGAGUUUCCUGAGGAGAGCCAGCAAGAGCUGAUACGGCAGAUCUUGCUGGAAAAACACCUGAUGUUCGAGCGACUUGUUCAGGAUGAGUUCGUUCUUCCAAGUUGUUUACCCGUUGCACACAGCGCAGAAGAGGUCGUAAGAGAGGCAGGCAAACUUGAUGUCGGUGGUCUUUUGUCCCCAAAUUUCUUCCCGGCGUUGGCCCAGAAGAUGUACAGUUGCCAGAUCAAAAACGACUCUGAAAGCACAUGGAAACCAGGACCGCCCCAAGUUUUCCGGAAUCGCGGGCACUUUCAUGCAGGCACCUGUUCAGUGUCAAUAUCUGUAUUUCCAGUCAGUCUGUGCAGAAGCUCCAAGAGUGUAUUGCGAAUCGUUGUUCAGGGAGGCAACGAACUGAAAUACGAAGAAGUUGCCCAAAAGGUGAAACAUUUGCUAGAAAAUGACAUUUUCGGUUUCAAUCCUGGAUGUGAAACAGAUCCUGCCUCCAUUUUUCAGUUGAAAGCUAUCCCAAUUACUUCAACACUUUCUAUCCCAAUUACUUCAACCCUUUGCAUGAAUGUGGGAUGUAAGCAAACAUGCUCUCUCUGCAGACUCCGGGCCUUAUUGGAAGAGCGUUUCCUACCCGACUUGGACAGUGCCCUCCGCUCUGUUGUGCAAAGCGCUGCCAUUUUUGGAAGGCACACACGACCUGCGGGCAGCUUCCGUUUCAAGGCUAUGAAAUAUCCUGGUGAUGUUGACCUGGAAGAGUAUUUGGCCAUAGAUGCCAACAGUCGAGAUGAGGCGCUGACAGAACUUUGCAGGACCAUUCAGACCCAAUAUGGGAAUACCGAAUAUGGGAAUAUCGCUGGGGCAGGUGGUGUGGAAGUGUUUUUCGGUGGAUUCAAAGCAGGUUUUGAGCCCGCGUCUGAAUGUAGCGGUGCAAAAAAAGAAUACCUGAGUUGGACGCAACAAGACAUUUCGUGCUCGUCAACAGAAGCUUUGAAAAAAGCUUUGGGAGAAGGUCAUCAUACUUGGACUGCCAAGCUUGACUUGUUUGCAAAAGUGAAACUUUUUGAGGAUUCCAAAGAGACACGUCGCUAUUUUGAGGUUACCAAUGUCCUGCGAGCUGGUUGGUUCAAAGGGGCUCAACCUAUCCAGCCGAUCAGCGACGAGAAGGAUUUUUUGCAGUCAGUUGAGAAGAAUUUGGAGAAGUUUUCAGGUGAGGAACCCAAUGCAAUGAAGUACGUCAAGCGCCUUUGGGAGAGAAGUGCCUAUUUAGCGGAGCGAGGAUUUGACUUGGAGUGGAACUUGAGCAUUUUGGAGGCUCUCCGCCCGCUGCUUGGUCACUGGGUCGCUGAACUCAAUCAAGUUGCGGCGCAUGUCGAGACCAUCAUCAAUAUGAUGCAGUCUUCCCACGAGUUGUUUGAACAUGCACGUGCCGACCUGCCCAUACUUCGUCAGAACUUGAGCAGAUUGAAGUCUCGGCUUCACAACAUUGAUGAGUCAGAGAAGCAGGCUGCAGAAGAUGGGCGCGACAGCAUUGCAAAAGCAAUGGAGUACAUCCCGGAGCUGCUACCAGAAUCGCCACCAGAAGCUCCGAAAGAGAAAGACAUGUUACGUACAGUCCUGCAUAAAGCACAGCUGUUGUUGGAAAGCUGCGUUGAGACUGUCUUGAUCGGAAAAUUGGGUUCUUUCGAAGUUCCAGUGGCCAAACCACUCGGCAAGCUCUGGACGUUUCCAUCAGACCACCCUCCCAUUGCAGCUAUGCUCAAACUCGGUGAGAACUCCAUCAAGGUUGCUUCCUGGAAUGUUCUGAACCGGAACUAUUAUAAAUACAUAGAUAAAGACACGCAAGGACUCAAAGGCUCGGAAAUAACAAUGCAGCAUGAAGCUGGUACAAGAGAGAGCAAGAUCAUUGAGAAGAUCGAAGAGAUGCUACAGAACGAUUUCCGAAUAUUGUGCUUGCAAGAAUGCUGGCCCGAGUUGCUUCAGCAACUGAGAGAAGCUUUGGAGGAAAGACAACCUGAAGUUCAGAUGCGCUGCAGCGGAGAAGACAAGAACCAAGAGGCGAUCCUUUUCCAUUCCGACCAUGUUUACUUCCGGGAAUGUAUUCAUUUUCAUCGCGCCUUCAGAGAGAAUUCCAAGAAGGUGGUGACUGAGGCCCAUUUCCAACAUGCUGGGAUGGGCCUUUUGCGUGUUGUGACAACGCAUCUACCCGGCGCUCCUUUUGGGCGCGCUCGCAAAGAAUUUGCCGAUUGCAUAGCUGGGAUUGUCAAGGGCGAGAAGCUGCCAACUGUACUGCUGGCAGAUCUGAACUUUCCCGAAAAGGCCAUACAACCUCUUUUGCUUGAUCAUGACCUUGACGUAUCCUUCGUCCGGACACCUUACCCAACGAACAUUUGCCAGGGGUCCUUGCUGCCGAAGAGGAUUGAUAGCAUUGCAGUCAUCAACCACGAGGUCAAAGGCGCAAAGCUCCAAGCCACAGCUCUGAAAGCUGAAGACGUCCUCGAUGGUCUCAGAGAAGUUGUGGACCUCUUGAAAUCCAGGUCAGCAGAGCCAUGGACGCCAACGCGAUACCAAUCAGAUAAGGUGGUACCAUCUACGGCCGCAUCAAAAGCUGCUGAAUCUCCAGAAAUAGCCACCGUGGGUCCAUCUGCUGCAUCAAGUUCAGCCGGCUUGGCUGCACCAGCAUCACAGCCUGAAGGGCAUUUGUUUCUCAGUGGCUGCUUCGAAAGUGACCACAUUUUUACUGCCGAGCAGAUCAUGGGCUACAUGAGGAUGGUGAGAGCCCGGCUGGUGGCUCGUGGCGUGCCAACCUUCAUGGUUGAGGCAAGGCCUGGCCAAAGUUUUGCUGAGCCUUCGCGCCAGGGUUUGCUCCGUGCCAAAGGCAUGGUGGCUUUUUGCACCGCAGAAUACGGAGCGUACACAGGAGUUGGAUAUGAUACGUUUCAUGAGCUGGAAUUCGCUCACGACACAAGGUUACCUCUCUUUCCAAUUAGACUGUGUGAAGCGUGGCCGCCAGCGCCAACUGACAAUGAAAGAGGGACCUGGCAGAACAAAUUCGUGUUCAAAACAGGUCUCGUGUACAUAGACGAUCAGCGGAUGGAGAACGCUGAAGGCGCCGCUGAUCAGAUUGCAGAUUCUGUCUCACGCUUAGGACUCUUCUCAGAUUAG